GAAACUGUGGGAAUGGAGAAUGAGACAACGUACUUCUCAUUCAUCAGCGAUCUUUUACAUCACUCCAAUUCCGACUCUCACACACCUCAAAAACUCUAUCAAAAUUGUAUCAAAACGGUCCAAGAUUAUGGCCACGCCUCCUAUCCUGAAGGAGUCGAAAGUAUCAAGCUUUCACUUUCUCUUCAUCUUGCAUCGCCUCGUGUCGAAGCUCAUCACCAAGUCUACACCAACAGUAUUCUUCCUCAUUUGCCCGCUUAUGAUGAGACAUGUACAGUAUGGGCCCAGGCAGGAGACACUCAGGUGUGCGAUGUAGAGAAACUUGAGGAGGUUAUCAAGGCUAUGAACAAAGUGGAUACAAAAUCAAUUGUGUUUCCAUUUGAUCAUAUUCUUCAUCCUUCUCAGUAUACUACAGACAAAGAUAUACCUGUGAUAUUUGUGUAUACAUCAGAAUUAUCUCCUACCUUUAGAAAAUUCCACACUUUUAUGACCAAUGCCGUGGAGAAGUAUGGCGUAUCCUAUGUGGUUCGAUAUAAGCCUUCUUCUUCUCCCGAUACACCCUUGUAUUUAACAGGUUACGGUGUUGAAUUGGCACUCAAAAACACAGAUUAUUUGGUCAUUGAUGAUAAGGCAGUUCAAGAAAAUAAGCAAAAGACAUUUAUCAGCAAAGUAUCCAGCUUUGGUAGAAAGGUCGGGCAUAAUCUGUUUGAGACGUCCAAGACGACAAUUGCACCACUUACACCUGAAGAAAUUGAGAAACUUGGUCUCAAAGCUGCGCAGUUUAUUAUUACAGCAGAAAAUCCCUUUGAAGCUUUGAUUCACCUAUCCCAAGACUUUCCAAAGUAUGCCAAGAGCAUUAGUCAGAUAGAGAUGGAUGAUGAACGUGUUCAUGAAUUCAAAGAAAAUCAGGCUUCAAUGAUUCGUGGGGGUACCAAUGCAAUCUGGUUCAAUGGACAGAGUGUAGAGGUAGAGCAGGUAGAUCCUUUCUAUCUUGUUCGUGUCCUGAAGCGUGAGCGCGCGUUGAUCGAUUCGUUGAAACAUAUUGGGUUUACAUCAAGACAAUCCAUUGAUCUAGUCUCUUCUCAUGCUCUUUCUCACGAAGAUGUUCACGACACAAGUUCUCCAAAAGAUGUUUAUGAUGUGCGUGAACAAGGCUUGGCCAUUUGGUGGAAUGAUAUUGAGAAGGAAGAGCGCUAUGAAGGAUGGAGUGAUAACAUGCUUGAUCUUUUGAAACCUACGUAUCCUGGACAACUGAGAACUAUCCGUAGAAACAUUUAUAACUUGUUGAUGGUUGAAAAUUUGAGCUCUCACGCCGCUCUCACCCGUUUGAAGAACGAAGUUCUAGAGAUGGUAAAGAGAGGCACUCCUAUCAGAUUUGGUCUACUCCCAGUGAUUGGGGAUGAGACAUCUCCUGCUACUGUGGCCGCAAAGGCAGUUAAUUAUAUUGUCAGAGAAUAUGGUACAAACAAAGCAAUGGAUUUCGCGUCAAAGAAACUCGAAGCUUCUUUAGCUACAAUUGAGUCUGCUUUUACUCAAACUCUUGCCACAGAAGGAAAACCGAAAUCAAAGGAAAUAAAAUUCUUUGCGCAGAUCUUAAACGAUGAACAAGAUUAUAUCAAAGAAGUCGGUGUUUUCUUGAGGAAAAUGGGCAUAGCUAAAGAUAGUGAGGGUGCCAUGUUCCUCAACGGAAAAUUCUUGGAGUUCAGCGAUGACACCCCCUGGACACGAACUCUGAUGCAAGGAUUGCAGGAGCAAACUCAAUUGAUUGCCAAUGCUAUAUACUAUGGAUCGAUGCAGCCAAAAGAAAACAUAUACAACUUCCUUCUUACUCAGUUUUACGUAACUGGAUCUCGUAACCCUUAUAUUGCACCAUCUGAAAGCCAUCCUCUAAAAGUACUUCCUGUACACAAGGAGUUUGAUGCUUUUAAGAGCUUACACUACCUCCAAAACACUGACCAGCCUGGAAUAAACACUAAUUUAUGGAUUGUGGCAAAUUUGGAUACAAUUCAAGGCCUCAAACUUUCUUUGGAAGCUUUGAGCUUUGUGGAAACAAACAACCAAACCCGUGUUUCCUUGAUACACAAUCCCGAGGCUUGUGGACAUAGUUCCGCAAUAUUAGGAAAUCAAAAGUCAGAAAAGGCACUGUUUUCAGAUGUCUGGUAUAGUCAGAUCUAUGGAAAGAUUACAGAAAUUCCCAAGGUCAAAGAACUUCUUUCUGCUGCAAUCCAGAGUAUGGAGGAAGAAAAGGGCGCAAAAUUGAUCAACCAGGUCAAGUCAUUCUCUCCUGGCGCCUCAAUUGUCCGUAUGUUCUCUAGAGAAAAGGCUAAGGAUGUCAAGUAUAUCUGUGACGCAAUUGGUUCAUUCCCCAUUGAUGUUGACUUCACCGCAGAAGAUUUUUCUUCUCUUUACAGCUUUGAAUUCACCAAUCGAGCAGAGCCAAUUCAAAAUGCAUUUGAAAGCGUCGAAAAAAAUGUCGAGAGCGAUAUGCUUGCUGACACAAUCACCCUCGUCAACUCUAUUCUAGAAACCGACAAAGCCAGCAUGACAACAGACGUAUUUGACCAAGGACAGACUAGUAACCGUCAGCGUCCUUACGAGUACCUUAGUGGAGAGAAGACCAGUAUCUCCAUCGGUGAUCCCUCUACUGCCUUUAUUGAGAUUGGUGCUACCUUAGAUCCUUUAAGCGAGGCUGCUCAAAGAUUGUCUCAUUUGCUUGAAACUCUUUCUGGAUUGAGUGGUGUCUACAUCAAGAUCUAUAUGAACCCUGAAUUAGAAGUCAAGGAAUUGCCUCUAAAACAAUUCUACCGCCAAGUAUUUGACCGAGAACCCCACUUUGACAAAGUUGGAGAGAUUGAGGUACCAAUGGCAUACUUCACUGGCUUGCCUACAGACGCAUUGUACACCUUGCGUGUAGACACUAUCAAGGCAUGGCAUGUAACCGUCAAGGAGGCCAAUAUGGACCUUGAUAACAUACAGCUGACCUCAUUGGGUGCUCACCAAUCUUCAGUGUCUGCUGUCUACGAACUCGAACACAUUCUAUUGGAAGGACAUUGCAUGGAUUCCUCUACACAUGGACCUCCUCGUGGUCUUCAGUUUGUUCUCGGUACCCCAUCUAACCCAGUUACGACAGACACUAUAGUUAUGGCCAAUCUAGGCUAUUUCCAGUUAAAGGCAUUGCCUGGUGUCUGGAGACUUGGGUUAAGAGAGGGACCUUCGAAUGAUAUGUACCACAUUGAAAGCGUCGGAACUCACGGAAAAUGGGAAAAGGCUACCCCUUCAAGCCAUAGAAAUAGUUCGGAUUACACGCUCUUGCCAUUGACAUCUUUUGAAGGACUCACUGUAUUCCCUCAAGUGAAGCACAAUGAAGGUGUUGACCCCAGCCAGGUUCUGGAUCACGACACUUCGUCCCGAUAUUCUACUAAAAAGAAAGACGAGGAAUCUGAUCAGCUCUCAAGCCAGCCAAAACAAGCAGACAUUAACAUCUUUUCUGUUGCAUCUGGACAGCUUUACGAGCGGUUCUUAUCUAUUAUGAUUAUAUCUGUUAUGGAACACACUAAGAGCACAGUCAAGUUUUGGUUUAUUGAAGAUUUUUUAUCUCCAUCUUUCAAGGAUUUCUUACCCGAGAUGGCAAAAGAAUACAAGUUUGAUUAUGAGAUGGUAACCUACAAAUGGCCAUCUUGGCUCAGAUCACAAAAAGAGAAGCAGAGAACUAUCUGGGGUUACAAGAUCUUGUUUUUGGAUGUCCUUUUUCCUCUUAGUCUUGACAAAGUUAUCUUUGUCGAUGCAGACCAGAUUGUUCGUGCGGAUAUGAAAGAGUUGGUUGACAUGGAUCUUCAUGGAGCUCCAUAUGGCUACACUCCAUUCUGCAGUGAUCGCACAGAAAUGGAUGGAUUCAGAUUCUGGACCCAAGGGUACUGGAAGGAGCACCUGAAAGAACGGCCUUAUCAUAUCAGUGCUCUUUAUGUGGUUGAUCUUGUUCAGUUCAGACGGAUGGCAGCUGGUGAUCGUCUCCGUGCCCAGUACCAACAGCUCAGUGCUGAUCCUCAUUCUCUUGCUAACCUUGAUCAAGAUUUACCCAACAACAUGCAGCAUAUUGUACCAAUCCACUCCCUUCCCCAAGAAUGGCUGUGGUGUGAGACAUGGUGUAGCGAUGAAAGUUUGAAAUCUGCAAAGACCAUUGAUCUGUGCAACAAUCCACUUACAAAAGAGCCAAAACUUGACCGCGCUCGGAGACAGCUUCCUGAAUGGGAGGUUUAUGAUAACCAAGUAUCUCAGCUUAAUAAAAAGGUUGCU